GCGUCGAUGGUUUUCUUCUGCAAGAUCAAAUCGUAUGGAUACUCAGGUAUGUACAACGUACGACACACUCUACGAAGACCAGGUCCUCCCUCACCAAGUCCUUGACCCCUGUGUCACCUCUGCAAUAGUAGCCUCGGAAGAACGUGCCACAGUGAAGUGCCUCUUGCGUUAUGCUCCUCUCUCCUUCUGCUUGACGCUGUCAUCUGUUCUUUAGCCCUAGAAAGUUGACAUUCAACGAGAGCAUUUUAUUCUGUACUCCGUGGUAAUGGACGUCUUUCUGGGAAAAGUGACCCAGCAGGCGAUGAAUUAUGCCAUCCGCUCAGGAGUCACAAUCACAGCAUCCUACGCCAUCAGACAAUCGGCCAAGCUCCUCAACAGCACACCGAAAAGCAACGUUCGAGAUGAGUUGUAUGCUUUGCAACAACGGCUUCAGCACAAAAUCCGCAUCGUCUCCCCAGCGAUCGACAUGAUCGAGCUAAUUGCGGCUCGAGGAAACACGUCUCUAGAAUCCGCGGUCUCCCUCACCAAGGAGCUGCGUAUAGAGAUACAGUCCUUGGGACAACGGCUAGCGAAAGCAGCGGAGGCUUCCGAACAAGCUGCUAGGAAGACCAGCAGACUCAGCAGCCAGGCCAGAGUUCCGAACGAGUCGGAGUUGACUUUGAUUGUCAAGGACAUCAAAAAGCUUCUCGAGAGGAUUGAGGAUGCUGUCCCUUUGAUCAAUCUCGCCAUCACCACGUCAGGUGCAAGCCUCUCAACGUCACUACCUCAGUCUGUCUCUCCCUCACGACUUCUACAAGCCAGCACUUUCCUCACAGCAGGCGACACUCAGUACACCAUCUCUCCAAAUCAGGCUGUGCAAAUCGGGCCCACAUUCACUCUUACUGUCUACAUGCUAUUUGCCGGCCAUGACCGGCCCCAGAACGAAGAAGAAAUCCGAGAGACGACUUGGAAAGAAGCCAUUCACAAAGCAAGAGUCAAGCUACGCAGGGUUCCCCUCGACGUCGUGCUCGGGACGGGCUCCGGAUCUGAUGCUAUCCCUUCCGCCGAUAUCUCUUCUCCUUCCGUAGUCCCAGAGACAGAGACUGAUCUGCCUGGCUCGACACCAAGUAUCCGCGCCGAUGCCCGCGCCGAUGAAUAUGCUUAUCAAAUGGUGAUCAUUGAAGACUUUGAAGACGACCGUGUCCACGACUUUGAGGACGAUCAGGCUCGUCCGGGCCCGUUUGACGAUGUCAGACUCGCCGGCAUCCGGGAGAUAAUCCCUGUCCACGAGAUAUCGAAAAUAUUCUAUGCUGAUACGAGCAAAGUCUUGAACAUUGGGAGUGAUGCGGAGAGUAAUCACCCGGUGUUAUUGUUGAAGAGAGACCUCUAUGCUAUCCCACCCAGACGAAUGGCGGAGAGAGACAGUCCGCUGGGACCUGGAGAAGGCGAUCAAGAUAGCGAGCAAGAUCAAAGCCUAGUAGCGGAGCUGCAGGGAAAGCUGCAGGAACAGCGAUAUGUCGAAGACCACACCGAUGAUCCCUGGCGUUUCCCACCGUCCCUCGACCCUGAAUGGAUCGCGUUUGAAGUGUACACGGAAGCCGAACCAAGUGAUUCUGAGUCCGACAUCGAAGAGGAGUCCACCGAUAACACCGGGUCCAAGGGCAAUUCUACGCCUCAACUCACAAAUUCAAUGGCAAACAUGCACAUCGCCUCGCAUGCCCAACCUCCACCGCAAUCUACCGCUCCCCCCUGGGCCAACUCUAUCCGGACCUCCUUAUCACUGCUCGAGCUCCUUUUGCGCCUCACCUCGCUGCAACAGUUUCAGCAACAGUCCCACCUCUCAAUCACCGACGAACUGCUUACUUUCUUCCUGGAAGAGAGCGCGUCGACGGGUGCAGGAGGCGACGAGAAGUAUCGGCAGGCGCUGAGGGCUGACGCGAGGAGGAGAGUCGGGUGGGAUCCGUACGAUGAAAGCCCGGUCAAGAGGAGGGGCGAAGAGUACCAGUAUCAGGGCGGGUACUACGAAGGAAGCACGAGUCUGAGGAGUCCGCAGAGCGUGAAUACGAGUGCUGGAGAUGGCGGAUGGGUCAUGAGUCCGCCGAGAAGCGCGGGUGAGAAUGUCAGUGCACCGAGACAGGUCACGAUGAUGUCGCCUAGCCCGUCGCCAGCGCCGUCGCCGAUACAAACCCCUGGAAAGGCUGGGAGGGCCGGGUGGCUGAGGAGAGAGGGUGGCGGUGGAAGCAGGAAAGGGAGUCCCCUGCGGCCGCAGACCGCAUUGACGGACGAGGGUAUCGGGACGAGUCCUGCAAGCGCAAUGAACAAGGCUUGACGGGGUCAGCACCUCUCUCUGCAAAAGGAGGAUCAAGGUAGACAGACAUGAGGAAUUCGAACAAAGAUUCGCGGCCUCUCUAAACGCGGGCUGGUAGAAAAAGAGAUGGCGCCUAUUCGUUCACACCGCUGUAGAAAAUGCGAAGCAUAGCUUGAGAC